UCACAGCUUACAAAUACUGGCCCAGGAAACCAGUGUCCACUCACAGUUUACCUGAAGCCACACACAACACUACAACAACAGACAGACAGCAGACAGAAUGAGUCCCAAACGCAUCAUCUACAAGAAACUCUCCAGAGACAAAUCUGUGGGCGUGUACAUGGGGAAACGGGAUUUCGUGGAUCACUGUGAUUUCGUUGAUCCUGUUGACGGUGUUGUGCUGGUGGACCCCGAGCAGGUGAAAGGAAAGAAAGUGUAUGUCAUGCUGUCCUGUACGUUCCGGUACGGUCGGGAGGAUAUGGACGUGAUGGGGAUGGCGUUUCGCAGGGACAUCUUCCUGUGCUCUCGACAGAUCUAUCCUCCUCUGCAGGACAAGGAGCGCAGCGUUCAUACCAAAGUACAGGAGAAGAUCCUGCGCAAACUCGGAGACAACGCAUACCCCUUCUUCUUUGAGUUUCCAGAUAACCUGCCGUGUUCAGUGUGUCUGCAGCCGGGGCCCACAGAUGUAGGAAAGCAUUGUGCAGUGGAGUUUGAGGUGAAGGCGUUUUGUGCAGAAAAUCAAGAUGAAAAAGCCCAAAAGAGGAGCUCGGUUCGGCUGGCCAUCAGAAAGAUCCAGUACGCUCCAGAUACAGGAGGAGCGGCUCCAUCGGCCGACACCACCUGUGAAUUCAUCAUGUCUGAUAAACCGCUGCACAUGCGUGUCAGUCUGGAGAAAGAGACGUAUUACCACGGAGAGGAGAUCAACAUCAGCGUGGACAUCGACAACAGCUCCAACAGGAACGUGAAGGACUUGUCAGUCUCGGUGGAGCAGGUCACCAAUGUGGUGCUUUACUCAAAUGACAAGUACGUCAAAACUGUGGCCUACGAGGACACCAUGGACACUGUGCCGUCUGGGACGAGUCUGAAGAAGUUUUACACUCUCUGUCCUCUGCUGGACAAUAACCGUGAGAGACUGGGACUCGCUCUGGAUGGGAAACUAAAGCACGAGGACACUAACCUGGCCUCCUCCAGCGUUGUGAAGGAUGAAGUGCUGAAGGAGAUUCUGGGCAUGUUGGUGGCUUAUAGGGUGGUGGUGAAGUGUAAUGCAGCCGGCAUUGUUGGAUCCAGUGAGGUUGCUGUGGAGGUUCCCUUUAAACUCAUGCAUCCCAAACCUGAUCCAGAGAGUGAAGACACAGUUGACCUGGUGUUCGAGGAGUUUAAACGCUCGUAUCUGAAAGGAGUCAUCGGCGACGAUGAUGAAUCUCCAGCUGAGCCUUGAGAGCCUUCUCUAUGGAGUGUGCACGUGUAUAAAGAUGCAUGUUGAGAGUAUGUAGAUGUGCACUAAUGUAAGCCAGGAGAGAAAAAUCAAUUGGCCAAAUCAGCAUAUAUUCAUAAUUAUGUGUAUUGUAGUAAACCUGAACAACGCUGCUAAAUAUUUGCAUUUUGUUUCAAAAGAACCAAAAAAAAGCUCUCCUAAAAUGUAUGAAAUUAUUAUUCCAUGUAUGAUCUUAGUUUAAAAGGCUGCUUCUUUGUAUUCUCAGAUUAUAACUAGAUUUCAGUAAGGAUAAACUGAUAAAUAGUGCAUUUUAUUUGUCACAAAUGGAUGUAUUGCAUAGAAAAUUAGAGGCAAAUUCUGUUAUUUCCCUGUAAAUGCUUUGAAAUAAAACACUUUGUGACAGCAGAA